GUAAGUGGGUGUGUUUGUGGGUGGAAUGACGCAUGGGUGGACGGGCGGAGAGGCCAAAAGAGAGAUGGACAGACGGACUGACCUCACUCCAGGGGGCACUGGCUACUCCCAUCCCUCGUCGGCCAGGGAGGCCUUCCAGCCAUGGCCGCGACAAAAGUUUGUGCGCGCACGACCUGGGCACGGUGGGGGCAAAGGGGACCCCGCGUGAGCUCACGUGCCCCAGUGUCUGGGCUGACCACCGGGUCCCGGGGCACGCAGAGCACAGCAGCAAGCACGUAGGCACGCACGCAGGCACGCACGCAGGCACGCACGCAGGCAGGAACGCAGCCCCAUGCACCGGUACCCAGAUGCGCGCAGGCACGGGUACCCGGACGCGCGCACAGGUACCCAGAUGCGCGCAGGCACAGGAACCCGGACGCGCGCACAGGUACCCAGACGCGCGCACAGGUAUCCAGAUGCGCGCAGGCACAGGUACCCGGACGCACGCACAGGUAUCCAGAUGCGCUCAGGCACAGGUACCCGGACGCACGCACAGGUACCCAGAUGCGCGCAGGCACAGGUACCCGGACGCGCUCACAGGUACGCAGACGCGCGCGCGCUCACUCAUUCCUCUCCUGCAGACUGGGAGCAUCUGGCCCUGGUGCCACUGGACUCGCCACAGUGCCCGCGUCCCCCCCGCCACUCCCCUCUGCGGCACCUGGGCGCACUUCUGGGUUGCAAAUGAGCGUUUUCUCCACGCCAGCGCGCGCGCUCGGGCUGGCACAGUCGGUGAUGAAGCGGCCGCGGAGGUUGGCGCUGGAGAGGAGUGGGGGGUCCCCGGGGCGCCCUGGGGCUUGGCUUGGGGAAUCGAGGGGCUCUUCCGCCCAGACCGUCGCCCCCAGCUCCCCAGCCGCGCUCCCCUCCCCCCUUCCCUGUUGCCCCCCACCACCCCCACGCCACGGCCCUGGUCUGGGAGCUCCCCUGAGUUCGAGUUCCCGAGCGCCGCGGUUCCCACCUUGCUCGCCCGCAGCCUGGGGUCUGGCCACCCCUCCCCGCGGCCUCCCCUCAUUGCAGGGGGAGUGUCAGCUGGUGGGAUUCAGUACGAGACCCGCUUCUCCCUGAGCGCCAGGGAGCACCUCGGGGUGCCGCGGACACCCGUUCCGGGAGGCUGGCCGGGUCCCCACUCACAGACUCCCCCAGGCUGAGGGUAGCUGGAGGAGGGCAGGCUGGGGUGUCGGCAGCACCUCCCGCCCCCACGGGGUGGUCGAUGCGCCCCCACAGCUCCCUACGCCCAGAAAUAAAGCAGCAGAGGGAGGGGAAAAGCUCCCGGCUCAGCCCUUUGCCACGGGGCCACCUGGGACCACGACACUCUGGACAGCCCAGUCUGUCCACCCUUGUCCAGUUGUGGCCCCUUCCAACCUUAUUUGUCUUCUGUGCUCCCACCCGGCCUGCCCUUGACCCCUAAGCCUGAUAUCUCACAAACACACACACUCACACUCACACAUACACUCACACACUUGUAUCCCAUUGAUGGAUUUUUACCCGCGGCCCUCUGGAAUAUCCCACGUGCCCAGGGGUCCCAGUUGAGAAAUGCUGACUUAGGGGCCCGUCUGAGCUUUUUGCUGGGGUGCAGGGCUCUGGCAAAAGACCCUCCCACCCCGCAAAAAGCAGCAGCCGCCCCACCUGUGCCAAGUGGACGCUCAUUCUCCAGUGUCCCUGCUCCCAGGCCAGCGGGGUGGUUGGUCACCCACUCUGGCAUCUGAGGGUGUUUCUGGGGGAGAGAGGGUGCGGGCGGAGGGGGGAGGCGCUGUGCACGCCUCCUGGUGCCAGCCUGGGGCACCUGGUUCCAAGGCCGCUUCUGUCGCCGCCACCUGUUCCCCGGCGAGAGCUGAGCGGCAGACGCCAGGGAGAAAGUCAAGCGGAGCGAGAGUUUGCAGAUACCCGCACGGCCCGCUGCGGACGAGCAGAGCGGGCGCCAGACCCGGCCAGCCAAUCCCUGCGCCUUUUUAUUAUAGUCGGUGCAGACUGUCGUUCCCUGAUUGGUCCGUGAAGGGUCUCCGACUUUUGGCGGGUACUGAUUGGUUUAUGGAAGUUCUCAGGGAAUCCUGAUGGGUUCUGAUUGGUCCGUGGCGGGGGGGGGAGGGGCAGGAUCUCUUGGCAGGUACUGAUCAGUUUGUGGAAGUUCUCAGGGAUUCCUGAUGGCUUCUGAUUGGUCCGUGUUGGGGGCAGGAGCUCUUGGCAGGUACUGAUUGGCCUGUGAAAGUUAUCAGGGAAUCUUGAUGGGCUCUGAUUGGUUCGUGGUUUGGGGGGGCGGGGGCUCUUGAUGAGUACUGAUUGGUCUGUGGAGGUUCUCAUGGUAUCUUGAUGGGUUCUAAUUGGUCCAUGGGAGUGUGUGGGCCGGGGUAGGGGGAGCAGAAGCUCCUGGCUGAUACUAGUCUGUGGAAGUUCUCAGGGAAUCCUGAUGGAUUCUGAUUGGUCCGUGGGGUUUGGAAGCGGGCGCUCUUGGCGGGUACUGAUUGGUCCGUGGAGGUGCUCAGGGGCUCGUGGCAAGUCCUGGUUGGUGGGUAGCUGUUCUGUGGGCGCUUGGUGGGUCUUAAUUGGUUCUUAGAGGUUCUUGGGAUUCACUGGGAUGGGGAUCCUGGUUGGUGCUUGGAGAAACUGGGGGCUCCUGGGAGUCCCAGUUGGCACGUGCAGGAGGGGUGGAAAGUACCAAGGGUUCCUGACACUGUUUCUCCACCGCGGGGUGUGCAGGAGGGCUGACACUGGGCAGCUGCCCCUGUCCUUGUUCCCUCCCUCCUAGCCUGGCCCGAGAGGCCCCCAGCUCACACCCUGGGCCCGGGCUAUGCCCUGUGCAUCUGGGACAGCUGCCUUCUGCGGGGUGACCCCAGCCCUGCCCACACUGACCGUCUCUCUCUCUCUCUCUCUCUCUCUCU